AUGCCGAAGGUGCGCCGAGACUUGGCCGGCAGCGCGGCGGCUAGGAAACAGCAGCCGCCUCCGCCUCAGCAGCAGCAGGAGCCGCUGCGGCCUUACCGACGCCAGCGGCGUCAGGAAUUGAGGAUCUCGCAGCUGAUCCUUCAGGCGCUGUCUGCCCGCAAGCAGCGGGGGGCCCUGUCGCUCACCUCCCUCCGCAAGGCGCUGCUGGCCAGGGGCUACGACGUGGAGCGCAACAAGGACAAGCUGCACCUCGCCAUCCAGAGCCUGGUCAACAGCGGCUCGCUGGUGCAGACCACAGCCACUGGCUCCCUCAAGCUCAGCGCGGGCCACACGCAGGGGGCCAGGCCGCCUCCGACCGCAGCCCUGCUCCCGGCCAAGGAAGGGGCCGUUUCCGCCUGCGCCAGGGAGGAAGCCCAGCAACCCGACAAGAAACCCCGCAAGAGACGGGGCGAGAGGAAGCCAAGGCCGAGGAAGACCAGGAAGUGA